AAAGUCUUGUAAACAAAACAGAAACCAACGGAGAAGAAUGAGCUGGCAAGUAACAGGCAGUUUUAUUGGUGGACCAUUAUGUCUCUUAGCUUUUAUAAUGAUGUUGUUAAAACACAAACCAAAAAUACAGAUUAAAGAUAAAAUUGUAUUGAUCACUGGAGCAACAUCAGGCCUGGGAAAAGCCUGUGCAGUAAAAUUUGUAAAAGCUGGAUGUAGAGUAAUAUUAGCUGGUAGAUCUAUAGAGAAAUUAAAAGAGGUCCAAAAAGAAUUGAUAGACACGAUAAAGAGUGAGUUUACACCAGAGAUAGUGGUGUUAGAUUUAGAAGAUGAUCAGAGUAUACUAACAGCAAUAGAAACAGCCUAUAGUUUCUAUAAUAAAAUAGAUAUUUUAAUUAACAAUGCUGGGGUCAGUUACCGAGGAACUAUACAGGACACUGAGAUUGAUGUCCAUAGGAAAAUUAUGCAGGUUAACUAUUUUGGUCAACUUAUAUUAACUAAAGGUAUUGUGAGUAGAAUGAAGAAAGAUGGUGGAGGUCAUAUCGUUGGUAUCAGUAGUAUACAGGGUAUAAUAUCUAUACCAUAUAGAUCAGCAUAUUCUGCAUCUAAACAUGCUUUUCAAGCGUUUUGUGAUUGUGUACGAGCGGAAUAUUGCGAUGAUAAAAUUAGAGUUAGUGUAAUAAGUCCAGGGUAUAUGCAGACUAAUCUCUCUCUCAACGCUAUGACUUCAGAUGGCAGCCAGUAUGGUGUUAUGGAUAAAACAACAGAAAGCGGCAUGAAGCCAGAAUAUGUUGCUCAACAAGUCUUAAAUGCUAUAAUUUAUGACAAGAAUGAAGUCAAACUCGCUUCGUUAGGUCCUAAAUUAGGGUGUUUCCUCAGAACUUUAGCACCAAACGUGUUCUUCUGGAAAAUGAAUUCAAGAGCAAGGGAACAGAAGUGAAAAUGUCUUACCUCCCCUUAUACUUUGAGAGAAACUGGGGCUCGAUUAGCAAGAUACACCCGAUCCAACUCACUUCAAAUAAAUAGUACAAUAUCAGAUAGCAUUCAAGAUUAAAAAUUUAUUCCUACUACACCUUAUUACACCUAAACAAGAUUUCAGCCUAGAUGGAAUGCAUUCUGUACCCUGUUCAUAUUCUUUUUAUUAAAUGACCUUCCCUUGAUUUAACAUAUCCUGAACAUGCAGAACUAACCAAUCGAGUGCCCUUUAUUGUUUUGUUAGUUUGAUACCAAUAAAAUUAGAUUAGUUUGUUUAUUUUUUUCAUAUUUUUUUAUCUCUAUUGUAAUAUAACAAGUUGUCUAUCACAGUCCCUGUUCUAUUACAGUAGAAAAAAUCCAAACCAAUCAAAGCAUGUCAAGAAGUACUUGUUUAUUGAUAACAAGACCAAAUUAUUCCAGUCGACCCAGCUGUAAAUGAGUAUGGAUACUCCAGGAAAGAUCAAUGCCAUGUUUCAAUGACUGUCACAGGCUCAAGAGGAGACAAAAAUCCACCUUGUUGAUAAUCAUGUGCAGAGCAUGCAAUUGAAAGGAAAAUUAAUCUGAUUGGAUGAUGACGGUCUGUCUUGCAGAUAAUAAAACUAUUAGAGACAACCAUCAAAUUUGAUUGAUGUCAUAAAUCAUGUUGGCGACAAGAUUUUUCUCAAGAUAUGACCUGGCGAUAAAAAUCUCCAACCAAGAACGCUUUUGUGCCCACACCUUAAGUUGAUAUCCUCGUAAAAAAAUGAGUUGUUGCUUUCUUUCUUUAUGACAUAUUGGAUCCUUUGUACUUCAACAAACAAAAAUCAUUAUUUUUUUAAAAACAAAUUUAAUUGGCAUUAAUUAAGAGUGGAAUAUUGAUAUUUAUUUUGAUCAUGAAAAUCUCCAUUUUUAAUUAAAUUAUUCACGAAGAUUCCAACUAUGUACAUUGAUUAAAAUUAAACUAAUAAAAUGUUAAAAAAAUAAAACUGGGAUGUCAUGUUCAAAAAUUGCGUAGUGUUGUGCUAAAAAGAUCAAAGUUACCAAGACUGAAAAUAAUUUGUCAGGUAAAUAAAAACCCCUUAUUCUAUUAUUGAACUCUUCUUAAACAUGUCAUUAUUGCAGUAUUGAUUUUAAAAAAUGCAUGCUUGGAAGAGUCCAAUAAUGAAAUGGGUGUCAAAUACAUGAUCGACCCAUUAUUUUCAGCCUUAAAUCACUAACAUUAACACAAUCAGAAAUAAAUCGCCUUCGAAGCAAAUGUUCAUUAAAUCACAUCACACAGGCGUUCAUUGGAAAUACCAUUUAUGUAUUUUGGAGCCGCAGAAAGCUCCAGCUGCCAUGGAAACAGUAUGAAGAAAUCUUUGAAGUACCACGCCUUUUCUAACUAGGAUCACAGGUCGAGAUGUAGUCAGGUUUCGUAAGGCCGAUUUGGGUGGUUCGUGUAUGACUCGAUAUUUCGAACAAGGGUCUGUUUCCCACGAUAAAAUAUGGACAGCCGAGAAGAUAAUACUGGCAGCUCCGAGAGGUAAGAAUACUUCAGCUUGUUCAGGCCAUGCUAGUCCACUGACGAUGGAUCCCACGCCAGUGAAUACAGAAGUAUAUCGGAUAAUAUUUCCCAAUUUAAUCCAUCGAGCUGUUUCUUCGCCUAGUUUUGUAGGUUCAAUGAUAAUUGUUUUUAUGCCAGCUUCUAAUGCGCUGUCUAGUUCAUAUUCAAAUUCCUCUAGAGCAUCCUCAUGGUCGUAAACUUCUCGUAUUAUUUUAUAGUCUGAACUCUCUCCCCCUCCUCUCCUUCAUGUGGAUACAAUUUGACUACAUAUUAGUCCAUAUUAGGUAUGUUUUCAAACAAAAACAAAGAAAUUCAUUUUACCAGUCGGCCAUUUCUUC